AUGUCAAAAGUUUUAAGGUCGCCACCUGGUAACAGUGUACAUCAAGUUUCCUCGGAAAAUGAUAUUACCAACCUGGAUCCUGAUAUACCAUUGAGUUAUGUGAGUAAACGAAUGAAAAGACCUCGUCAGGAGGACCAAGAAGAAAAUAAUAAUAGUAGUCUAUUGACGAAAGAAGAAUUAUUAACUAUAUUGACUCAGUGGAAGAAGGAUCAAGACGUGGUGCUAAAUAGACUAUCAGUUGAUAUAGCGGAACUGAAAGAACAGAACUCCAGUAUCAAAUCAUCUAGCAUGGAAGUAGAAAAGUCUAUUCAGUUUAUUUCCAAACAAUAUGAGGAAAUGAAGAUCAAACUACUUAAUAUGGAGCAAGAACGUAAAGAAAACUUGUCAUAUAUAGCCUCGCUAGAGAAUCAAAUUGAGGACUUGCAAAAAAGGUCGAAGUCCGCAGUUGUCGAGGUCCGCAACCUACCUGUUAGCACACAGCAAAAUAGGUCGGAAACACAACAAGAUCUUUGCGACCUUAUGCAAAAGACCUGCGGGACUAUAAAUGUCGAUAUAACGAAAUCCGACAUAAAAGAUAUAUAUAGGAUUAAGAAUAAAACUGGAUCCACAAUAGUGGUGACAGAAUUAACAUCUGUAUUAUCGAAAAACAAAAUACUAGAUGGAGUCAAGGAGUACAAUAAAAUUAAUCCCCACAGUAAACUCUCAACGACAUCGAUUGGGCUACCGGGACCACGAGUGCCAAUUUACAUAACUGAAAGCUUGACGAAUAAGGAUCGCAAACUUUUCGGGCAGGCCCGGGAUACUGCCAAAAUCUCGGGGUUCAAAUUCUGCUGGACCAAUCGGGGCCGUAUUUAUAUGCGGCAAUCCGAAGGCGGUCCUCGUAUAGAGAUUAAAACUGAAGAGAAUUUAAAAGCACUGAAAAAGGCAUGA